AUGCGUGGAUGGAACCCGGUCGAGUACGAGUUCAAUGAGUUCAAUUGCGGAGGCUUCUACCCACCCGUGAAUACGGCCGUGAUGUCGACCACGGUUCCUCAUCAUUUUUGGAUGGAAAUGGAAGAAAGCCAUGAUGCUCCUCCUUUGGAUGAUAGGGUGGGACUUCGCCACAACCAUAUACGAGGAUCCGAACUCGGGCAGGGAUUCGCAUUCAGCCACAUGCGUGGCUGCGCGUGGGGCCAUGCAUCUGGCCGCAGCCGUGAGCCCGAACCGUGGCAGGUUGGUGGCCAAGAAGCGAGACCGGCACGUGGAGUACCAUAA